AACACACAGCGCCCCACCGCCAGCCGUGGUCCUCACUAUCCUCCGCCCCUGGUCGGCUUGGCCCUCUUCACCUCCGGCGGGAAUCGCUCCCCUCUCUCGAGAAUCGUUCUCCUCCAUCAGAGCGAGUCUACGCGCAGCGCCUCCUUCUCCGGCCGGAUCCCCAUCGAUUCUGGGCGCGCGCCGUCCUCCGUCUUCUCGUCGUUUUUCGGUCUGCGAGGUAGUGCCUGUAAGAAGGCACCUCCAUCUCCUCCGUCGAGCUCCCCUUCCGAAGCGGUGAGGUAGUGAUUUGGGUAUUACCUUCCUGAUUUUUGUGGACCGGUCCUCCUAGGGGUUAUGCAUGACAGCCCCUGUGGAUCUUCCAAAUGAGCUAGAAGGGGUCUCCCAUUCUGCAAGGGUUGAGCUAUUCCGAGACUCUAGCAGCAACAUUGCAAAGGAGGUGUUGGCCAGUUUGGGAAAUGACCAAGAUUCAAAUGCUGCCGUAACAAAUCCUGGCUUCAGAGUUGGAGAGAUCAGGUUUCUUAAUGGAGAUAUUUAUUCCGGCACAUUAUUGGGGAACACACCAGAGGGCUCAGGCCGGUACCUCUGGUCAGAUGGUUGCAUCUAUGAAGGUGAGUGGAGGAGAGGUAUGAGACAUGGGCAGGGGAAGACACGAUGGCCAUCUGGAGCCACCUAUGAGGGCGAGUAUUCUGGUGGAUACAUAUAUGGUGAAGGCACCUAUACUGGACUGGAUAAAAUCAUCUACAGGGGAAGAUGGAAGUUGAAUCGUAAGCAUGGGCUUGGAUGUCAGACAUAUCCAAAUGGAAACAUGUUUGAAGGUUCGUGGAUUCAGGGAGAAAUACAAGGUCAUGGGAAGUACACAUGGGCAAAUGAGGGCACUUAUGUUGGCAAUAUGAAAAGUGGCAAGAUGUCAGGGAAAGGAACUCUUACAUGGAAAAAUGGGGACUCGUAUGAAGGUAACUGGUUAGAUGGCAUGAUGCACGGGUAUGGAAUCUAUACAUGGAACGAAUGCGGGUAUUAUGUUGGAACAUGGACGAGGGGCCUGAAGGAUGGUAAAGGUACAUUCUAUCCGAAAGGUUGCAGAGUUCCUGUUAACGAUGAGCUGUAUAUCAAUAAUCUAAGAAACCGAGGUGUACUGCCUGAUAUUAGAAGACAGAAUCAUAAUUCACGCAUACUUCAAUCUGCCUCAGUUGACAUGGGGAACAUGAAGGUCGGCAUGACUAGGCAAUCUUCAGAUGUUUCGUACAAAAGGAAUUCAACUGAUCAGCCUCUGAAGAAUGUGUCUUUGGAAAGACGGUGGAGUCUUGAGGUGGCUAUUGAAAAGUUCAUUGGCCAUGAAUCAAGUGAAAGUUCUGGUCUAGAAAGCUUGGAAAAUUUGAGUGAUUCUCGUUUGCCUAUACUGGAAAGGGAGUACAUGCAAGGUGUUCUAAUCAGUGAGGUGGUACUUGAAAGAAGUUUUUCAGACUCCUCAAAGAAGGGAAAACGCCGCCAGAAGAAAAUGGUGAGGGACACUAAAAGGCCUGGAGAGACAAUAAUUAAGGGACACAGAAGCUAUGAUUUAAUGCUCAGUCUGCAGCUUGGAAUCAGGUACACAGUUGGAAAGAUUACACCAAUUCAAAAACGUGAAGUUCGUGCUUCAGAUUUUGGACCAAGAGCAAGUUUCUGGAUGAACUUCCCAAAAGAAGGAUCUCGCCUUACUCCUUCACAUUCAGCAGAAGAUUUCAAAUGGAAGGACUACUGUCCCAUGGUUUUCAGGAAUUUGAGAGAGAUGUUCAAGAUUGAUGCUGCAGACUAUAUGAUCUCCAUAUGCGGAAAUUCUGCUCUUAGGGAACUAUCUUCUCCUGGAAAGAGCGGAAGUGUCUUUUUCUUGUCACAGGAUGAUAGAUUCAUGAUUAAGACUCUCCGAAAAUCUGAAGUGCAGGUUCUUUUACGAAUGCUUCCAAACUAUUAUCAUCAUGUCCGUACUUAUGAGAACACCCUCAUUACUAAGUUUUUUGGCCUCCACAGGGUGAAACCUUCUAGUGGUCAAAAGUUCCGGUUUGUUGUAAUGGGAAACAUGUUUUGCACUGAAUUGAGAAUUCACCGGAGAUUUGACUUGAAAGGCUCAUCUUUAGGGCGCUCUACUGACAAAAUUGAAAUUGAUGAAAACACAACUCUGAAGGAUUUGGAUCUUAACUAUUCCUUUUAUCUUGAACCUUCCUGGCGUGAGGCUCUACUUAAUCAGAUUGAAACAGACAGCGAAUUUUUGAGAACCCAGCGGAUAAUGGAUUAUAGCCUACUGCUUGGUGUCCAUUAUAGAGCACCCCAGCACUUGCGGACACGUGCAUCCUAUCGCCGGAGCAUGGCGGCAGAUAGAUUGACUGUUGUUUCGGAAGUAGAUGCUCAGGAAGAUGAUGCCUUGAACUACCCAGAAGGAUUAGUCUUGGUUCAAAGCAGUGGCGAGAACAGUGUUGUUGUUGGUCCUCACAUAAGAGGCAGCCGUUUGCGUGCAUCAGCUGCUGGGUUUGGGGAAGUAGAUCUACUGCUGCCUGGUACAGCCAGGCUUCAGAUCCAGCUAGGAGUUAACAUGCCUGCAAGGGCAGAGCAAAUCCCUAAGGAAGACGAAAGCAAACCAUUUGGCGAGGUGUACGAUGUUGUCCUCUACCUGGGCAUCAUUGACAUAUUGCAAGAGUACAACAUGACAAAGAAAAUCGAGCAUGCUGUCAAGUCCAUGCAGUAUGACUCAGUCUCGAUCUCAGCCGUGGACCCCCAGUUCUACUCGGAGCGUUUCUUGAAGUUCAUCCAGACUGUCUUCCCUGAAAAUUCAUAGCUCAUCAACCAUUUAAUUGUUGAAAGAUGCCCACUUGCUGCCUUUUUGUUAGUGAUGAUAUGUUAUCAGGUCCCCAAGGCAGUUCAUGUGCUCGAAAUUGGGGCUUGCAAGCAUCACGACAGCAUUACACCCUCCUCAGCGUGCCUGUUCCUCUUGGAUGAACUGGCAAGAAGAAUGGCCAACAAGAUGAGAUUCGUCAGGGCAACUCUGCAGACGCAAACAGAUCUCUGUCUUGGCCCGAGCCCCAGGGGUCAGCAGGCUGUUAUCAGACCCUAGCAUUCAUAUGUGUGAUCUGUACAUACUGAGCACCUGUGCAUCAUUUCAUCAUGUGGUGCAUUGCUCGACUAUUUUUUUUUUGGAGUGCUCGACCUUGUUUGAGGUCUGAGAUUUACUUGCUGGAACCGACUAACAAUGCUGGAACCGAGUAAAGAUUUAUUUGCUCAGCUGUAAUUAAAAUUACACAGGAGCUCUGGUAGUUCAUGUUUAUAGAUUAAUAAAACUUAAAAGCAUUGUUAGUCUG